AUGUCUAAACAAAUCAAUUUCUUUGGGGUAUCUGAGUAUUGCCCAAAAUCACUUUCAAAUAUUAUCCAAUUGUAUCAAACAAAUGACAUUGAAACACUUAUAAAUUCAUUGCAAAAAUACAACCAAUCACCACUUCCAAGAGAAUUAAAAAAAAAUAUUUUUACACUCAUCCCAUUUCUUGGUAAUAGUGUACUUAAUAUAUUUUAUAAUAUUCCUGUAGUUAAUAACAAUGGAAUUUUCAUUGCUGAUUUAUCUCAUCAAAACGUUAAUAAAUUAGAAGAAUUAAUGAAAGAAUUUAUAAAUGCAUUUUUUAUCAUUAAAAAUUAUUUUUCUGUUCUCUCUAUUCAUAAUGGAAAUAGAACAAUGUUCCAUUUCUUUGAACGAUUUUUAUUAUGUAAUAAUUUAUAUUUAACAACAUAUAGAAUUGUAUUAUUUGAAAGUUUUAGUGAGUUAGUUAAAAUGGCUAUUUCAUUAUUGUCUCAAAAUGAGCUUCAACCACAAUCUGAUCUUCUUACUUCAUCUGAAAUUAUUCAUGAAGAUGGAUUAAUUAAUGAAUUAUCUAUCGAGGACAAAUAUUUCGCAAAGAAAAUUAUUGAAAAAAUUACUUCUCAAGUUGAAUUUUCAUAUGUUAUUCCUUAUAUAACUUCAACUGAUAUUCCUGAAUAUGCUCAUAGAUGGAUAUUUUCUGUUAUUAAAGAUCAUUCAAAUUUUAAAGGAAAUUCAAAACAACGAAAUGAUUUAUUCUUUGAGUAUUUAAAAAAAGUUAAUAGUACUUCUAGAGAUAUUUGUAAAAUUUAUUCAUUAUUUGCUGAAACAAUUAUUUCUACUACAUCACAUGUUAACGAAGAACAUGUUCAGUUAGUUGUAGAUUUUUUUAUUGCCAAUUCAUUAAAUUAUGACUUCCUUUCUAGUAUUUUCCAAGAAAAUAUUUUAUUUAGAUUCUAUUUAAAAUUCAUUGGAAGUCCAAUUGCAACAAAAAUAUUUGAGAAAACAUUGUCAUGUAUUAAACAAACUAUUGAAGUAUUAAAGAAAAGUAAUGAACAUUAUCCAUUACUUAAUGUAAUAGAUGGAGAUGAUCCUGUUGUGUUAGGUGAAGUUAUUAGCAAUUAUACUUCUUUUAUGAAACAAUUAAGAAAUACAGACACAUUUAGUAAUGAUGAGAAUAUUAACUCUUUAAUGAUAAAUUGUAUUUUGUUAUGUUUAAGAUAUGGAGGAAGUGAUGUAUGGAGCAGUGUCCAUGAACAAUACAGAAAUCUUAAAAUGAUUUCGAAAGAAUUAUUAAGUCAAUUAGCAUUUGAUUCAUGUGAAAUUAUAGAUCAUAUAGCUAAACAAUGUAAUGUAGACAAAUUUAAUGAUGGUUUUUAUUGGGAUAUUGAGAGUAUUGAAGAUAAAUAUCGUUUUGGUUAUGGAUCUCCAUUAAUGUACUCAGAAAAUAGAAGAUCAAUGUCAGAAAAACAAAUAGAAAUAUAUGAUAGAUAUGGUAUUGAAUUAUUUGAAGAAAGUAUUGGUAAAAAUAAUACAUUGUAUUAUGUUAGAACAGCGUUAAAUUUUGGGGACAUUUUAUAUUCAUUUGGAGAUAGAAUGAAAAAAGAUGUCUUAAAGAAAGUUAUUCAAAAGAGAAUGGAAAUAAAUGUACCAUAUGAAUAUUUUAGAACAAUUGAAAUUAAUUUAAUUUCUAAUAAAUGUUCUAAUACAAUUUAUAUUACGUUAGUUAAAGAAAUGUUUCAAAACAUUUAUAAGAAGUUAUCAAAUAAUGAAAAUGUUAGUAAUAUGGAACUUUACAAAAUAUCUGUUUUAUUAAAUAAGAUUUAUUUUUAUAAUGAAGAAUCUCAUUUUUUAAUCAAUUCCAUUCCUAAAGAACAUGCAACUUUUUAUAUAAAAGAAAUUUUCAAAAGAUAUUAUCAGGGAAUUAUUCAAUUACCAAAUUUUAAUUCACAACUAUUUAGAUUUACUACUACUAAUACUAUUGAUAAAAGAUAUCGUGUUAUUGCAAUUUUUGAUUAUAUUUUAUAUCUUCUGGCAGAUUCAACAUACAUUUUAAAUGAUUUUUGUUCAAUUGUAUUAUUACCAUCUUUAAAAUCUCAAGAAUUUGAAAAAGAAUUGAGUAUUGGUUUAUUGUGGUUUAUUAACAAUAACGAUUUUAUAACAUUUAAGAAAUCAAAUCUUAAAACUUAUAUCGAUAAUAUAGUUGAUUAUUAUAUACUUUUAUUACAACACUAUUCAAAAGAACAUGAUGAAUUAGCAUUUGUUCCUUUAAAACUCUUUUAUGACUUUUUAAUUCCUAAAAUUCUUAAUGAAAAAUCAUUGUAUGGAGAGUCAUUUAAGUUAUAUAGAAAGUUAUUUGAUAUUUUGGCUUCUCCUUUGAAAUUCACAUUACCAAUUAAUUGUUAUUCAUCAUGGAUUAAUCUUGCAUUACUAAUUAUUUUUAAAUCUCCUUUCCCCAAUAAAUUCCAAGAAAGACCUGAACCAUUUGUACAAUUCACUGUGAAAAUUCAAAAGAAUUAUUUUGAUUAUCUUAAACAACAAAUUGAAUCAUUUUCAUAUGAUACUAUUCUUUCAAACAUUAUGUUAUCAUCUGCAUAUGCUGAUAUUUUAUUGUACUUAGAUAAUAUAAAUACACUCUACGAUAUGAUUCUUUCUAGUAAUCAUAUUACUGAUGGUGCUUUAACUAUUAUCAAAAAAUUAUGUAACAAUAAAACUGAAGACUAUUCAAAAUUGUCUGAUUUAAUUUGUUUAAUUAAAAAAGAAUUCAAUCAACAUCAACAAGUAGAAAGAGAAGUAUUUGAAAGUAUCUUUAAUGUUUUGAAAAAUAAUAAUAUUAAUUUUGAUGUUUAUAAACCAAUAAUUAUUGAAAUUGUUGAAUAUGGUAUUGAACAUUUAGAAUAUCAAAAUGAAAAUUCAUAUCAUCAAAUGAAUAUAAUGUUACGAUUAAUCAAAAUAUUACAAGAACCAAAUGAAUGGAGGUUUGAUGCUAUGAAAUUUAUUCAAAGUAUUGAAAAUAGUAUUGGACAAGACCCUCUCUUGUUAAUUCGAAUUUUCCAUAACGAAUCAUAUGACAAGAAUCCUGUACUAAGCCAUAAAUCAGAAUCUAGUAUACCAAUCAUGUCAAUAGUUACUGUGGAAAAAAUUAUUGAAAGAAUCGAAAACAUUGACCAAACUAUUCAAAGAGGUCAAUUCCAAAUGGAAAAAUACAUAGAAAUAAUGAAUGUUAGAGAGGCAUAUUUUGAUAUAGUUUAUUUUAAUGUUGUAUCUAGACUUAGCCAAAUGAAAGAAAAUGAAAUUUACGAACUAAUAAAAAGAGUCAUGAAGAUUAGAUUAAGUCCAUAUAUCGUAAUUACUUCAACUGUUAAAGAAACAGACCAGUUGUUAAAUUCAUUCAAUGUUAUUAGUGAAAUGAAAGAUAUAAAAGGAAGUUUAAAUGAAGCGCUUAUUCAAAGUUGUAAAGAACAAAGGGUUAUUAAAAAUAUUCCAAUAGAAUGUGUAAAAGAAGACUUUAAAGUUAUGAUUCCAUUUUUAAUGAAAUUCAAAACUACCAAAACAGAAGUUAUUAAAACCGCCCAAGAAUAUAUUCAAGAACAACAAAGUAAUUUACUAAAUGGUACAGUUGUUAAAGUUAUCAAACACCAACAAAACGCAUCUACUGAAUCUAACGAUGAAAAGCAAGAAAAUGAAACCAAUGAUUUCGGAUUGGAAAAUUUGUUUGAUUUGACAAGCGAGCGGCGUGAACAAACUUCUAUUGAUGAAUCCGUGGGAUUAUUCAGACAACCAAAUCAUAUGGAAAAUCAUGACAGAGAUGAUAAUAGUAGUGAAGACUAUGAGCAACAUGAAAAUUUAAAUCGUUAUAGGUCUAGAGUAAAUAAUGAUAAUCAUAGUCAAAGACUAGGUAGAACACUAGUAAGUAUUGCCCAACAAGUCCUAGGCUUAAGAGAACAUAGAGAUGAUGACGGAUUAUCACAACACGAUGACUUCAUGUACUUAUCUGGUUUUGAUCAAGAAGAACACCAAAAUAUACCAAAUGAUUCACAAAUUGGUAUACGCUCUCGUAUUACUAAUCAACAAGAAUAUCCAAAUCAAAUGGAGGUUAAUCAAAACGAACAAUCAACUGAAGAGAGCCAAGUGUCAAAUUCUCAAGAACAACCAAACCAAGACGAAACAUCACAACAAUCUACCCAGGAAGAUUUUAUAAUGCCUGGUACUGAUUUGUUUAGUUCUAAUGAAACCCAAGAAACAAAUGAACAAACAAAUGAACAAACAAAUGAACAAACAAAUGAACAAACAAAUGAACAAACAAAUGAACAAACACAAGAACAAACACAAGAACAAACACAAGAACAAACUGAAGAAAUUCAUCAAAACCAACAAACACAAGAACAGAAUGAAGAAGCUCAACAAAAUGAACAGGCACAAGAACAAAAUGAACGUUUGUUUAAUGGAAGACCACUGCCUCCUGACAUUGACCCAGAUACAUUCUUCUCACUUCCUACUAACCUUCAAGAAGAAAUUAUUGAUGAAUAUAACCAACAACACCCAGAGUCACAAAACCAAAAUAAUGUAACAAACCAACAACCUCAAUCAACUACACAACAACACCAAGACAAUACAAUCGAUUUUAUUUAUGAUUUAGAUCCUGUAUUAAGGGAGGACAUUCUUAGAAACGCUGAUGAGUCAAUGUUACAGUUAUUACCUGAGGACCUUCGCACAGAGGCAAGAGAGUUACAAAGAGAAGGUUCAAGGUAUGGACCAUUUACUGAUAGAGGCAUGACCCCUGAUGAUUCUGGUGAUGGCGAUUUGGAUAGCGAAGAUUACAAUGAUCACUACAAUGUGUUUAAAGUGCCAGACGAAGAAGUUGAAGUAAGUUAUGAUAUUGAGGCUAUUGUUCCAUUAACGAAGUUAUUUAUAGCUAAUAAUUAUGUUAUUUCAAAUAUUGCAUUAAACAAGUUAGUAUGUUUAAUGAAUCACUACAACUCGCAACGGUCUAUGAAGUAUUUUGAAAUUGUUACACUAAUUUAUCAACACAUAAUUUUACCAUGCAUUGAAGAAAAAGAUGUUGAUAUAAUUUCAUUAGAAAAAGUUUUAAAAUUAGUGCUAUUAACUCUGUAUCAUCGAAAAAAAUAUUCUAUCAUAUCAACUGACUUUGUCUAUUUAAUCCAACCAAUUGUAGCACAUAUUUUUGAAGAAAAGACUGAAUUACCUAUCUUUAUUCAACAUUUAAUUGCUGCCACUUUUAGUGAAUUAUUGAUUAUCACUAACACAUCAACACAACUAACACAUUAUGUUAUAUUUAAAAAAACUGCAUUUGCACGAUUAGUUAAUGCAUUAAACAAACAGUAUGGCAUAUUUUCUGAGGGCGCUAUCAGACAAACUGUUUUAUUAUUAUUUACUAACCCAGGGAUGAUUGAUACUAUCAAAUCAACAAUUAUUGACCAAUAUAAUUUCUUGUUAAAGGGAAUGUUUACACAUGAAGAUCUUGACAUCAUUUUAUCUUUUUGUUUAUGUAUAAAUGUAACGAUUGAUCAGAAUAUUAAAAAUAGCCUUCCAUUAAUUAAUUCCUUUACGGAGUUGUUUACAGAGCAAUCAUUAAAAACAUUAGAUGGAUUAAUUAAAAAGUAUAAAAAUAUGAGAAAAGUAUUACUAGAAAUAGUUUAUUGCUAUUUGAAUUUCUGUAUUGCAGCUCAACCAGAUUUAUUAAAAACUUUCAAAUCAAUUGAUAUGUUUUUGGAUAAAUACAAAGAGAUGGUAGAAAAAAUUAUUCGAAUAGAACCAAAAUUACUAAAAACAUCCUUCAAUUUAUUAUCUAGAUAUCCCAAAUAUUUGACAUUUGAAGCUAAAGCACAAGUUUUUAGAAAACAAAUAAAGAAAGAGCAAAGAAAACACUCAAGAAGAGGAUUUUAUAUUUCAGUUCAUAGAAAUAAUAUUUUCCAAGAAAGUUAUUCUCAAUUAAUGUUUGCCACAAAUGAUGAUUUAAAAGGAAAAUUAAAAGUUAAAUUUGUUGGAGAACAAGGAAUUGAUAUGGGUGGAUUGAGAAAAGAAUGGCUUCGGGUUAUUGCUACUUCAAUGUUCAAUGCUGAUUAUUUAUUGUUUAUGCCAACAGAUGAUGGUCAAUUCCAACCAAACCCAAUGUCAGCAGUAUUUGGAGAUAUUGAAUUAUAUAAAUUUAUUGGAAGGGUUGUAGCAAAAACUGUUUAUGAUGGAGAGUUCCUUGAUGUUAAUUUUACAAAAAGUAUGUACAAAGCAUUAUUACAACAAGAAGUUACUUUAAAUGAUAUGGAAAGUGUAGACCAACAAUUUUACAAAAAUCUUAAAUGGUUAUUAGAAAAUAGUGUUGAAGGAUUAGAAAUGAAGUUUUGUUAUGAAAGAGAAGAAUUUGGAAAAACAAUUAUUGAUGACUUAAUUCCUAAUGGAAGAAAUAUUGAUGUUACUGAUAAAAAUAAACAACUUUAUGUAAAACUAUUAGUUGAUUAUAAAUUAAAUAAAUCUGUUAAAAAACAGAUAGACUUAUUCAAAGAAGGAUUCUAUUCUAUUAUUCCUUUUGAAAUGAUUAAUUGUUUCUAUGACACAGAGUUAGAACUUCUUAUUUCUGGAAUGCCUGAUAUAGAUACUGAAGAUUUUAUGGCAAAUACUGAAUAUCGAGGUGUUUAA